GGUGGUCGGAGGGUAAUGAAAGAAUGGGUGUUCACCGAAGGUAAAACUUCAUUUUGCAAUAUUUUACGACAUUUUAAGUUGUAGUCUUCCAUAUUGACAGUUGUUGAUGGUUAAUUGUGGCCAUAUUAUUGUUGCUAAUCUUAAUUUAAAAAGAGGGGAAAAUCAAACGUGCUGCAAGAAUAGCAAUCGAGCGCAGCUGCGCGCGUAGGCUCUAUCAGCAGAUCCGUCUACCAUGCCCCGGGACAACAUGACCUCCCUCAUCCAGAAAAUUGCCAGGCAAGCCCUUAUUACGUUCAGAAACCCCUCCGCCAUCAGCGACAGCAAUAAAGUAUUUUUGGAGAAUCAGAGUAAACUUCACAGCCUUCUGACACAAGUCAGGGCGGCAGAUCUGCAUAUCGUUCCUCGGAAAAUUGACAGCUCUCCGGUGUCUGUACCCCACAACCCCCCCGUCACCUAUAUGCACAUAUGCGAAACCGACGCCUUCAGCAUGGGGGUGUUCCUGCUGAAGACCGGAACCUCCAUCCCUUUGCACGAUCACCCGGGAAUGAACGGGAUGCUGAAAGUGAUCUACGGAAAGGUGAGGAUCAGCUGCUUUGACAAGAUGGAUAAACUCCCUGAUGCCUCCAGCGAGACGCAGUUCAGCCCGCCACUGCUGCCCUUCCAGCGGGAUUCGCUGCGGAGGUCGCUGCUGAGCUCAGUAGGAGAGUAUACCGAGGAGAGCGGCCCCUGCAUUCUGACGCCCCACAAAGACAACCUCCAUCAGGUCGAUGCAGUGGACGGACCGACCGCUUUUCUCGACAUCCUGGCCCCCCCGUACGACCCAGAUGACGGAAGGGACUGCCACUAUUACAGAGUGCUUAAGCCUGUUUCGGAGGGGCUGGAUAAAAAGUCUAGUUCCGAGGAGCAGAGGGAAAUGUGGCUGCUUGAGAUCCCGCAACCUUCCGACUUCUGGUGCGGAGGCGAACCCUACCCCGGGCCCGAGGUCUCGCUGUGACGGGGGUGAGGAGGCGAACCCUACCCCGGGCCCGAGGUCUCGCUUGUAUCGGGGUCGGGUUAGGGUUAGGAAACGAAGCUCAUCAGUGGAUAUACUGGAGUUGUGAAGCGAACGGUUCUCAGGACAAUACAAGAGGAGAAGAGUUUGAAAGAAGUGCUUCUCUGUGUCGUGUUUCACACCCGCCAUCAGCAGGCUUCCAGCUUCGCGUAACUGCUGUGACUGUCGGCUCUUUCGAAGGAGAACGCUUCAUGCGGACAUACAGCGCUUAAUUCAUGACUUACGCUUAUAUUGACGCUCUGUUCAGGCUAGGCUUUGAUUAAAUAUUGUUAAUAUGUAAUGUGCCUAUACAUUUUCCAGCGCAUUUAAUCAGUUUACUAAGUUUGAUAAUUAACUACCUACGUAAUAUCAUUAAACUGUAAUUUAUUUGAAAUUACUGUUUAUACCAAGGCAUACUUUACAUUAUAAUUUUUCCUGAGAUUUACAGAUUAAAAUAUCAAAAUGAAAGGUAUCAGUUUGACGCCUCGAUUAAAAUGAAGUCAUGGCAUUUAUUUGGAUAUGGCAUAAUUUUGAAUGUUUUUGGAGCAAUAAAAAGUGAAUGUUCAUGGUUCAGAA